AUGAUGGCUUUCGCUAUGCUGAGGCCGGUCUCGACGCACUCCUUCUCUUACCCUGCUGACCUGACCUUGAUGUCGGACGAUGAGGAGGGGAACCGCAGCGAGAGCAGCGACGGCAGCACCGACCAGGGCUACGGCUGCUGCGGGACUCCCGGGGAGGGUUACGGGCGGGAGUCGCACGGCGCGGUGCCGCAUCGGAACGCCGCGAACGCCAGGGAGAGACACCGGACCCAGAACGUCAACACGGCCUUCACGACUCUGCGGACGCUCAUCCCGACGGAGCCGGUGGACAGGAAGCUCUCCAAGAUCGAGACGCUGCGCCUGGCGUCCAGCUACAUCGCGCACCUGGCCAACGUGCUGGUGGUCGGGGACGGGAGGGAGGACGGCCAGCCGUGCCUGAGCGCGGUCUACAAGGAGGCGAAGAGGGGCGGAGGAGGCAAAAAGCCCCGGAACAUCUGCACGUUCUGCCUCAGCAACCAGCGGAAAGGGGUGAGAGACAGACGGGACUGUGUGAAAAUGCACGGGAGCAGUGCGAGACAGAUCAGUCGGCGGUGAAACUGUCUUUCAGCCGGA